AUGACAUUUGACGACGAUCCAGUAAUCAUUCCAGUGCCAUUGGAAAAACGAAUAGCUGAAUACCCUGUUGAGCCUCCACAGUUUCAUGAUCGAUCGAUACCAUUUCCUAAAGUGUCGGAUGCAGCUUAUAAAACUGUGAUUCCUAAGAUACUACAUCGGUCAUGGAAGACGGCAAAUAUACCACCAGCUAUGCAGCAAUGGACUAAAAGCUGUUCUGAUUUGCAUCCGGACUGGCAAGUGAAUGCUCAUCGUGAUGAGAUGAACCGUGAACUCGUCAGAGUGUAUUACCCUUGGUUUUUGCCAGUGUAUGAUUCGUUUGAGCUGAAUGUGAUGCGGGCAGAUGCCGCCCGAGUCUUUUACAUGCACAAGUUUGGCGGUGUAUACAUGGAUUUAGAUUUCGAGUGCUUAAGGCCGCUUGACUCGCUUUUGAACGAAGCUACAGCAUUACUAGGAUACCUGUCGGAUGACUGGCAAUACGAACAUAAUAUACCCAACGCAUGGAUGGCAUCCAAACCAAAUCACAAGUUUUGGGAAUUCACAGCUAGAUUAAUGCAAUUCAACCCACAUGAUCCUGAACUGAAUCAAUCGCAUGCAGAGUACAUGACUGGUCCGGUAAUGUUGUAUCACGCUUAUUACAAGUGGGCGUUUCGGCAUGAGAACUCGCCGGAUUUGGAUUAUCGAGUUACAGUAUUGAAUUCAGAUCUUAUAUAUCCAUUCGACUGGCAUUCACGGUCGACAUGGUAUAGUUACUGCUGGGCAAGGUCGAAGGCCUAUGACCCGGAGCUGUGUAAAAAGAAAAUGGACGUCAUGGGGAAGCGGUCGUACGUCGUUACAUACUGGAGCCACAGUUGGGAGAAGCUCGAAAAAAAUCCCAAGCCCUUCAUAGUCAGAGGCUAG